GAUGGCUGACACAGCGUAUAUCGCUUCUUGAAUUUCUGCCCACAGGAGAAAUGUGCUACUGAUUAUUGCAAUACUUAUCUUAUCUACCCUGAGGCAUCAUUAACCACUUGUAGGUUUAAAAAUAUUUUGAGAUGGUUCGAGUUGCCUUCGUUCAUCCAGAUCUGGGAAUCGGGGGUGCAGAACGGCUUGUGGUGGAUGCCGGCCUUGCUCUGAAAUCCCGAGGUCAUGAGGUUCAUUUUUUCACAUCUCACCACGAUACGUCCCAUUGCUUCGAGGAGACUAAGAACGGGACGCUUCAAGUUACUGCAGUUGGAGACUGGCUCCCUAGACACUUCUUUGGAUACUUUUACGCUUUUUGGGCGUAUUUAAGAAUGAUUUAUGUCUCCAUUUAUUUGGUGUUCUUCUCAUCAUGGCGGAUGGAUGUUGUAUUCUGCGAUCAAGUGUCUGUUUGUAUCCCGUUUCUAAAGCUAAGCAAAGCUCGGAUUGUGUUUUAUUGUCAUUUUCCUGAUUUGCUACUAACUCAACGAAAAAGCUUCCUUAAAAAGCUCUAUCGUGCUCCGUUAGACUGGCUGGAGGAACUCACAACUGGCAUGGCAGAUACAGUUCUUGUGAACAGCAAUUUCACUGCUGAAACUUUUUUGUCAACAUUUACAAGUCUGGGCAGUAAUCGCCCAUGUGUCUUGUAUCCUUCACUGAAUUUUUCUUCAUUUGAAAAACCAGUUGAAAAGGAUGAAAUACAAGACCUCAUUCCACCCACCGCCAAGUGUGUUUUCUUGUCUAUAAAUCGAUAUGAGAGAAAGAAGAACUUGAACCUUGCGUUAGAGGCACUAGAUUGGCUCAGAAAUAUUAUCAGUGACGAGGAAUGGAAGGAUGUACAUCUAGUUAUGGCAGGAGGAUACGAUGACAGAGUAACAGAAAACAAGGAGCACCACUUCGAACUCUGCAAACUUGCUAAACAAUACAACCUCAACAGUAAAGUCACAUUUGUGAGAUCAAUCAGUGACGCACAAAAGCUAAGUCUCCUUAAUCGAUGUUCAUGCUUAAUCUACACUCCAAGCAAUGAACACUUUGGUAUUGUUCCCAUUGAGGCCAUGUAUAUGAAGCGUCCGGUAAUCGCAGUUAACAGUGGAGGGCCGUUAGAAACUGUUCAAAAUGGCGUGACAGGGUUUUUGUGCAAUCCUGAUGCCGAAUCCUUUGCUUUAGUGAUGAAAGAGUUUUUGAAGAAUCCCUCUCUUAGUUCAACAAUGGGUGAAGCUGGCAAGGAGAAUGUGAUCAAGAAGUUCUCCUUUGAUGUUUUUGCUCAACAUCUUCACAGUAUUGUAACAGACGGAGGCCAGACAGGGACGGUGUGGUCAACAGCUGUGACAUGUUUUCUCAUGUUUGUAGUGUUCUCUGUGGCCUGCGUGUGGGUUGUCAAUUUCCAUAACAGUCACUGACAAGAAGUUUAUUAUAAUGUAUAACAAGAUCAUUUUGAUAAUUAUUAUUAUAUAUUAUAUGCAAUCAUUAAAUUAUGUGAUAAGUGAUGGGGGUUUCAUUAAGGGCCAGGCACCGGACAAAUUGUCCAGUUGUGAAGAUGGUCUUGCCCACCUGAUUUGACGGUCUGGAGGAAAGUUUAUCUUAUAAAGAAGUUCAGUUCAAAGAGUUUUGCCAGCCUGUGAAAUCCAGUUGCCCUCCUGCAGAAAACAUUAAUGAAACCCCUGAAGUGAAUUAAUAAAGAAAGUACCUUUUGCCAGCUUUAACCCAUGAGUGACCAAGACAGAAUAUCUCUUUAUGAUAUCAAUUCUGUAUCAAGCAGACACAUACGAGAAUAAAGAGAAAUUAUAGUACCCUAAGAGGACACGAGCUUACUAGUAAUGAAAAGUAAAUGGAGAAACACUAUGUGUGAUCAUUGAAAUGUCAUUCAUACUAUUUUAUACAAGAUCAACAAUGAACGCCGGGAUUAUUUUUCAGACCUAUCAAAACAAAUAGAAAGGUUUUGUGGUGUGCCAAUAUUCAAGGACAGCAUCCAGGAUAUUCAUAUCAACUUGCUAUGUAAGAACGAAUUUUUCUGUUGUUUAGAUUGUAUUUUCAAUUCAUUGAAUCCUUUACUCAAAUCCCUUCUUCAAGGCUACCUGCCUUUAAACUUGUCCCACCCAGACGACAGGUGCAUGUUCAAAGGUGCCUGCUUAUUCUAGGUUGGGAACUUAAUCAAAUAAAAACAGUAAGUCACUAACUUGGUGACCUAUCAGGGUGCAGUAUAGGAAGCUGAAAUUAAUUUUGGUAUUACCUAGUAUUUUUGUUCUAACAUUUAAGUGAGAUAAACAAUUUUUAUUAAUAUUUGGACAACCAGGGAGUUUUAAAAGUACUUUUGAUAAUGUUCUCAGUGCUCCUUGGUUGUUCGAGUAUUGAGUUUUUUCAUUUUUCAUGAACCUCAAGACACAGUUGCCAGCAAGCUUUUUAUUUAGUUAUUAAAGGUAACAAAGCUUUUAUUGUGGCCACCAUUUGACAACUUUGGAUUACCAAAUGGCAUCUUUGAAACAUUUGAGCUACACAUGUAAGAGCCCUGUUGCUAAUCCUGCUCAGUUCAGAUUUUUACCCUGAAAAAUUAAACUCAAUGUAGUAUUGAAACCAGAAAAGAAUUUAAUUCUUUAUCAGAUUGCAACUCAGUAAUGUUGUAAUGUUGUUUUCUGCCUUUAAAAGCACACACAACCCACAAUUCCUCUAUUAGCUUCUACGAAGGGCUUACUGUCAAAACGUCAGCUUUUAUAACCAUAACGGUGGCCAAUUUACUAUAAUUUUGUUGAUACAUUCAAAUUAUUUCAGUAAUGUUGUGAUUGUCUUUCACUACUUGACUGUAACAAUUUUAAGCUUGAUAGUCAAGUAAAAAGAGGUGUUAUCUGUUUGUGUCUCGGGCUUUGGGAAACAAAAAUUCAGGGUGCCCCACAGAGAAUCAAACACGAGACCUUUGGAUCUCAGUGUUGAUGAAAAAUGAUAAAGGAGGUAAGUCUCUAAAGAAACUGCGGUGCUGCGACAGUAGGGGGUAUUACAAAUAAUUUGCUUUUAUCAACAGAGUUGAUGAAGUAAAUUUGCCACCGUAAAUAGUUUUGAAAGCUGACGAAGGGCUUAUCCUUGAAAUGUCAGUGAAAGAAACUUUUAGCAGUGGUUAAUUUACAUUUAUCAACUCAGCAUUUUGAAAAAUAAUACUUUUAUUAUGAUUUAGAUCUAAUUAUCACAAUGUAUCUUUAUCAUCUAUCUGACAGUCUUAGGUCAAUAACUCAUGGGUAGGAGUCUGUACUAG